AUGUCGCAUCCGCCUGAGCACCCCGCAGAGCAGACAUCUACAUCCACAUCCACAUCCACAUCCGCACCCACCCCCUCGACACCGUCCGCGUCCACGCCCGCCCCAGACACGCACCCCGCGCACGCGCAUCCUGGCUUCUACUCCUCGCCCCCCACGCUCGACCUCCCUGCCACGGCCAACCUCGCUCGCCCUGCGCCCGUCAAGUACAUGUCAACGCCCGCCUACCAGAGCCCCCUCCGACACCACCGCCGCGCCGCCUCGAGCACGAGACGCGUAAAAGAAACCCUCAAUGCCCGCUCCGAGUACAGCAACAGCGAGGAUGACGGCACCGCCCAGCACCGCAUCAACCAGUACCUGAUCAAGCAGGAGAUUGGCCGCGGCUCCUUUGGCGCCGUCCACCUCGCCGUCGACCAGUACGGCCAGGAGUAUGCGGUCAAGGAAUUCUCAAAGUCGCGCCUGCGCAAGCGCGCCCAGUCCAACCUCCUCCGUCGUCCCAGCAAUCGCAGACGCGCCCUGCCCGCCGGCAUAGGCUUCAAUUCCCCCCUGCACCGUCACUCGUCCACCGAGGGCGAGAACAACGCCUUCGAGCUCAUCAAGGAGGAGAUUGCCAUCAUGAAGAAGCUCAACCACCCCAACCUCGUCUCUCUCAUCGAAGUGCUCGACGACCCGGAGGAAGACUCGCUGUACAUGGUCAUGGAGAUGUGCAAGAAGGGCGUGGUCAUGCAGGUCGGCCUGGAAGAGCGCGCAGACCCCUACAGCGAAGAGCAGUGCCGCUGCUGGCUGCGGGACAUGAUCCUAGGCCUCGAGUACCUCCACGCCCAGGGCAUCAUCCACCGCGACAUCAAGCCAGACAACUGCCUCGUCACAGAAGACGACGUCCUUAAGAUUGUCGACUUUGGCGUGUCAGAAAUGUUCGACAAAGACGGCGAGAUGAAGACGGCAAAGUCGGCGGGCUCCCCUGCCUUCAUGCCGCCAGAGCUGUGUGUUGCCAAGCACGGUCACGUCUCCGGGCGGGCCGCCGACAUCUGGUCUAUGGGCUGCACAUUAUACUGCCUCCUGUUUGGCCGGAUCCCGUUCGAGAAGCACGGCAUGAUUGAGCUGUACCAAGCGAUACGAACGGACAAGGUGGAAUUCGACAGUCCGUGCAACGACCAGCUGAAAGACCUCCUCCUCAGACUGCUGGAAAAGGAUCCGAAGAAGCGGAUCAACAUGGACCAGCUCCGCCAACACCCUUGGGUCACACGACAAGGUGCCGAUCCUCUACUGCCCAAGUCCGAGAACGUCGCCAUCAUAAUAGAGCCUCCCACUGACGAAGAAGUCAAUGCUGCCAUUACGGGGAACAUGGGCCAUCUCGUAACAGUGGUGCAGGCAGUGAAGCGUUUCAAGCAACUGUUGUUCAGACGGAGACCGGAGCGACUGGAGGGGAUACUGGGUAGUGCCUCGAGAAUCGUGCAGCCUCCGUUGUCCAUGAGACCUUCUGCGUUACGGAAAUCCAAGUCGCAAGACACAGACAACAGACAGCCUCUGGAAGGAGCACUCACUUCGGAAGGAAUACAUCGGGAUAUCAACAUUGACAGCCACCCGCGCUUCCGCGAAGAAGCAUUCGCUACACAACCAGCACCAAAACGCUCGACCAUCACCAGGGCAAAUGCUCCCAGCUCACUAAGCCCUACCGACGCCAAUAUAAUACACGACAACAUGUCCCAGCGAUCUUCUGUAACACCAUCCAUCCCCACACCCAAUACACUAGCUUCAGGACCCUCUACACCCAUCGGCAAAGGCCACGCCCACAACCCCCUCGAAGACACGCUGUUCCUCAACAUAGGCACCGGUGACGACACCGCCGCUCCAGAUGCGUUCUUCGUUUCCGAAUCCCCCUCCAACGUCGACAUCAACGUCUACGAAGCAGCCUACGAAGAGGAAGUCCAGCGCAUCAUCAACCAGCGCAAAGACCAGCACCGCCGCCCGACCCUCUACCUUACUCGGCGUGUCGAGGACAUUAAGCGCAUCCGCGACAGUGACUGUGUAUUCGACGACGGCAAAGACCUUGGUCGCGGCCUGAAAGGAGGGUUCAAGGACUUUGUAAAGAAAACCAAGGAGGACAUUGAGGCGAGAGGCGAGCUGCAGAAGCUGCAGGAGGGCAAGGAGGGCAAGCUCGGGCGGACAAUGCGGAACGUGCGCGAGGCUAAGCGGCUCGUAGAAGAGGCGAGAGAGAGGGUGAAGAUUGAGGAUCGCGAAAGGGAGCGGGAGAGGAGUAGAAGUUCCACGCCUGUGCCGAGGAACAACAGCUCGGGGAGUGUCACCACCAGGAUCAGCAGGAGCGGCACGCCGGUCGGCGGCGGUGCCUGA